AUGUCUAUUUCUCUGUAUUCAUUUCUUUCCGCAUGGCCAAUCACUGCCGUUAUUCAACAGGCCUGCUCCAUGGGAAGCUUCAACUUGUUACUAGAUGUCGAAGUCAGCUCUGAAGCCAAAGCAGUUAGUGAAGCGAUUGAUGCUCAUGAGGACAUCGUCAUACUCGACAACAUCGAAGGCGAAGAACUCAUGAGGGUGCCAGAAAUCGAUAUUUUGAGUAUCAGAAUUGUCUCCUCUGCGAGCGUAACGAUCAAGUUCGCAGAACCUGUUGUCUCCAAGUUCACGAUUUGCAGUACCAGCUACACGUGCCAGGCUGCAGUGCAUGAGUGUAAUACCCCUUUGGAAUCUACGCAUUUACCAGACAUGGUGGAGCACCACUUUGUGGGAGGUGUCAUAGCAAGUUGUGUUCACAAGGUAGUGGAGUCGAUCAAUGGUAUCUGUACUAUUCUUGAUCAUUUUCCACUUGGAAGCAAACUCCCGUAUAUCCAGCAGUGGUAUGCUUUUGAAGCUUCAGAUAGUCACAUGCUUCUUCUUUCCAAGAUCGAUAUAUUUAUCGCCAUCGGAUGUCUCAUGCACGACAACUUCGGCAUCAGACUCCACUGUACAUCCAAGCAGAGAGACAUGACAUCAAACCUUGGAACAUUUCAGUUUUGGCUCAGAAGCAUCAGAUGUGUCAUCAAUGAAAACUUCGUCCUCACUGGAUUUGGCUACCUUUCGUUUGGUCAUUGGCUUCAUGAAUACGGUGAAGAAGUUUAUCAAAUUUAUAAGGCUGCACUUGUAGACGAUAAGAACAAGUUGUGGACGUCUUCCUGGGACUCGCAGACCAAACGAACAUAA